AUGUAUAAGGUUCUCUUUUAUAGGACUUUACACAUAUAUUUCAAGUCGGUUAAGAACUAUUGUAUGGUGAACCGCUUGGAAGGUCAUACUUUUGAUACUAUUGCUCAGCAAGCUUGGAAAAGGUAUGAGUCUGAGAUGUUCUAUAUUGAGACGGAAGGUCCUGAUGAUAAGUGUUUCUAUAGGGCUCUCACAGUUGCUGAGACAAGGUUCUGCCGUGUUCGUGAUGGAGAAGAAGAGGCCUAUCCUAUGGAUGGUUCAGCUAUGGCUAUUCCGUGGGAGACUAAGGGUGACCAUGAUGAGACGCUUCAGCAAAUCGCUAGAGAUCCUAAGAAUGGUUAUGUUGAUUCUGCUACUAAAGAACCUACUAGGGUGGUUGAUGAAGCUACUGUCGCUACUAUUACUAGUAAUGAUGCUAAGGUUACAACCCCCCAGGUGGAGGUGACUGGUAAUGAUGGUUCUUCCUCUAAGUGGAGUGGAGGAUGGUAUAAUACUACCGGUUCGGCUUCUAAGUACAAGGGUAACUGGUAUGAGACUCCUCAGUCCGAGAGUAAGGGUCUUCCCCAACCUGUAUGGGAAUCUCCGGCUAUUGUUACUAAUGAUAAAGAAGCACAAGGUGGUUCCAGCUGUUCUAAGAGUGUAUUUUUGAGUGAUGUCAUGAAGUCCACUCAUGAAGGAGGUUCGGUUGAAGUAAAGUCUUCAGAGAAGGGUAAGAAGAAAAAGUCGAAGAAGAAGAAGUCUAAAGGGUCUAAAGAUGAAGGUUCUUCAAGCUCUUCUAGUUCUUCAAGUAGCAGUAGUGAUGAAUAA